AUGCUAUUUAAUAUUGAGAGAAAACUGACUACUUUAAUAUCGAGAGAAAACCUCUUCCUCUUCAUCUUCCACCGCCAUGCCUCCGCCUUCUGCGAACAAGCCCGAUCAGUCUUGGAAUUCAAAAAAGGCAUCAAAUCCGCCCCUUCCGAUCUCGUCUUCUCCUCAUGGGUGUCCCUCGCCGACGCCUCCGCAUGCCCCGACGACUUCUAUUGUGUCCUCUGCUAUGCCGCCGCCUUCGCCGUGGUUGUCGUCGCUCUAGACGGCUUUGGUCCCACCGGAUUCCUGAAAUUCAGUAACCUCAUCCCGCUCAACCUCAUCUCGCUCCCAAGGUCGAACGUGUGUAUGGUCCAGAUCCCUACCCGCAGAUCCGUCAUCUCCACUGACAGAGUUUGUCCAAGGCGCCUUGUGGAGACGAAGGACGAUCGGAGAAUUUUGUUGUUAGGUUUUAGUUGA